AAAAAACCAGACUAUCCAAGGCUUCUCCUGCGAUGUACUCCGUACUUUUUUGCCGAUAAAUAAGUCGAAGGACUAGAAGCCAGAGUUUUCUUCUUCGGAAAUCCCAAACAAAUUAGCUGAAAUUUUGGGAGAUACAAUGGAGCUUACCACGUAGAACACGUCUCUCAUCUACUCCCUUUCUAUCGAUGAGAUUACUGCGCAGUUGACAUACAUGUACCGAUGUUAUGAUUGAAGACCAACCAGUUCAAGAGUUCAGUUCUAAACUAAGAUUUGGGAUGUUAAUGGCAUUCUUCAACUCGCUGAACAUACCCCGCUUCAUGUGAUAAUAAGUAAGUUUAUAAGCGAAUUACGAUUCUGAGUUUUUUGUCACUCUUUUUCAUAUAUGAACUUUUUCUAAUAAAUGCUUCCUAAAACUUUAUAUGGAGAUUUCGGAGGUAAUGGACAGUAGGGCUGGGCACGGGCCGGGUCGGGGCGGGUAAUGCAAAAUAAAAUGGAACCGGCGGUUCCAUUGUACGGUUCGGUCUGGUCCGAGUAUUACAAUUUUCAAAAUAGGAAUCGGAAGUUACCCGGCCCGUUUGAAACGGGUCGGUCCGGCCCUGGUUUUACGGUUUCUAUUCUCAUGUCUUGAAAUUAGUAAAAACUCACGAAGUUCCAAAAAUCAAUAAUUAAUAAUAUAGGACAUUAGCAAGUUUCAAAAUAACAACAUAGUGGUGCACAUGUAACACAAGUGACAAGUCCAAUACUCCAUAAUUUCAUGUAUAUAAGUUUCAAACAAUUAAAGAAAUUCUAAAAAUAUGCAACGUACCCAAAAUACAUAUUUUCUAACAUUUGUAUUUUAACAUGUUGUCUAACAACAUCACAUAUUAAAGUGAUUGUUUUUUAUAUUAAAUUUUCAGUAUUAGCCAAAGUUGACACAUACAUGGUGGGUGGUAAACACAAUUUAUAUAUUUUAAGAACAAUAAAAAAAAAUAACAAAAUCAUUUUUAACAAAUAAUUAAAUUCCAUAGAAAGGAAUAAUUCAAUAACAAUAAAAAGUAAUAAGAUAUUUAUGAAACAUUUAAUCAAUAAUUUGAAAACAAAAGGAUGUUACUGCAACUCAAUUUAAAAUCCUACUUCUAGCAAAGGAAACAAAACUAUUUCAAAACCGAUUAUCACAAAACUAUUAAUAAAUUAAUAUACAAUAUAUAUAACGGGCCGGGCCAGGUACCCGUUAUUUUUUAAUUUUGGAACCGGUCCGGUUCCUUAAAAAAAAUUACCCGCCCCUACCCGGACCGUUUUAUAGCAACAAAAAAUGGAACCGGCCCGUUUUGGACCCGAACCGCCAUUACCUGGAUCGGACCGCGGUUCCAAGACCCGUUUGCCCACCGCUAAUGGACACUCUUUUAGUAACCAAAAAGGGUAAACUAAUCUCCAAUCUCAAUGUCUUCCAGGGUUCUUAACCACUCCAAUUUAUAUCUCUAAGUUCAUGUUUUAGUUUUUAUCCCCUUUCGUCUUCAUGAAAUUUUACAUAAUUAACAACAGUUAGGGUUUGAGAUUAAAAUUGCAGAUUUCGAUUAUAUAUGUAAUUUCAUAUUCCAUAUUCCUACUAAUUGUGAAACAGUCUUACUGCUUUUUGAGAUUGUAGAUUGCUACUUUAGCUCUGAUUUUUUUUAACUAAGCCCCCCUCAUGCUUAUGUGUCUUGACCUUAACACAUUACUUAAUUUAUAAUUGUGAGGUUUUUUAUUCACAUUCUACCUCAAAAUGUAAUUCUAAACUCCUUAAAUCUUUAUUUGCAGAUUUGGGAUGUAAAUGGAAGUCUUAUAGUCACUGAAAAUUUACUAUACUUUUACAGAGGCUCUAUAUGAAUGAUUUCAUAUAUGUAUGCCAGUUUAUAUAUUCUUAAUUAAUUAGCAAGGUGGGAGAUGCUCGAAAUUACAUUCAGUAUAUCUCUGUGUUUAACAAACAGUUUAAAUGAAUGUCUAAUUAAAUGAAAUGGUUUUGAAAAACAAGACAUGUGACUUUAUGCAAAAUGAAAAUAAAAUUAGACUGGCCUGUUGUUACUCAUAUACUGGCCAAAUGUGUGGCCAAUCAUGUGCCCACGCAUUUUGGCACAUGAUUUCAAUCGGUAGGGAUUCCCUAAAUAUUACAGAGUAUAAAUUAAACUGUUCUUCCGUGAAGAACAAAUACUAUAAUAGAAGUGUGGGCAUAUUAAAAAAAACCAUUCUUCCGUGUUUGGUUUUUGAACUUCGACUUCUAUGCUCAAAGUUAGGGAUGGAUCUGGCCCGAUCAUCCCCGGGGGUGGGGUGGGGUGAACCAAGACCAGUCCCGAUUAUUCCGGUUCCAGGCACGGGCCAUCCUGGGCCCGCUCCUAUACUUUAAAAAAAUCAUUCUACAUUUUUAAACCCUCUGAACCACUCCCUACUCUUUUUAUCUUUUAAAUGAAGUAGAAUAUUGGGGCUAGGAGACCUUUGAUUUCAGGGAAUUGGUAUUGCAAUUGGAAAGCUGGAUCUCUAUGUGGAAGCAGUUGGGAUCAACACUCAGAGAGUAUCUUUCUGCUAUAGUUUCUCUUCUGUCAUGUAUAUUACUUACAUAGGGGGGAAAAGAAUUCACAACAUGCAAUGUGAUGUUACAAUGUUGAAUUUAUAUGUAUAUAGAGUGCGGUUCAAAUGAAAAGGGUGCUUAAACUCUUGAAAAAUAUGAAAAUGUUUUCUAGCUUCCACAGUAGAUUAACUAAAUUUUAUUCCAUUUUGUUCUGAAGUGUUAAUGCCGACAUAGU